GUGGCCAUUAUACAAUUGGGAAAGAAAUAGUUGAUCUUUGUUUGGACCGCAUUAGGAAGCUUUCAGAUAACUGUACUGGUCUUCAAGGUUUCCUGGUUUUUAAUGCUGUUGGUGGUGGCACUGGUUCUGGUCUUGGGUCACUUUUACUGGAGCGUCUCUCAGUUGACUAUGGCAAGAAAUCAAAACUUGGAUUCACAAUUUAUCCCUCACCACACGUCUCAACAUCUGUUGUGGAACCUUACAACAGUGUGCUUUCAACUCACUCCCUGCUUGAGCACACUGAUGUUGCAAUUCUUCUGGACAAUGAGGCCAUUUAUGACAUUUGCAAGCGCUCACUGGACAUUGAGCGCCCCACAUACACCAACCUUAACCGCCUUAUUUCACAGGUCAUUUCUUCUCUGACUACUUCUUUGAGGUUUGAUGGUGCCCUGAAUGUUGAUGUGAAUGAGUUCCAGACAAAUCUUGUACCCUAUCCCAGAAUCCAUUUUAUGCUUUCUUCCUAUGCUCCGGUCAUUUCAGCUGAGAAGGCUUACCACGAGCAGCUCUCAGUUGCAGAGAUCACAAACAGCGCAUUUGAACCCUCUUCUAUGAUGGUUAAGUGUGACCCUCGCCAUGGCAAGUACAUGGCCUGCUGUCUCAUGUUCCGUGGUGAUGUUGUGCCAAAGGAUGUCAACGCUGCUGUGGCCACCAUCAAGACCAAGCGCACUAUCCAAUUUGUCGACUGGUGUCCUACUGGUUUCAAGUGUGGUAUCAACUACCAACCACCUACUGUGGUUCCUGGAGGCGACCUUGCCAAGGUGCAAAGAGCUGUGUGCAUGAUCUCUAACUCAACUAGUGUUGCAGAGGUCUUCUCUCGCAUUGACCACAAGUUUGAUCUGAUGUAUGCCAAGC